UGUCGGCACUCCCCUUCUCUCUCUCUCUCUCUCUCUCUCUCUCUCUCUCUCUCUAUACCCGCACCUGUGAAGUUCUCGCUCUAUCGAAUCUUUUAUACGCCAGCUCCAACCCUGGUCUUUCCGGCUCUCCUCCAGCUUCAGCCCUGUUGUUUCCGGCGCUCCUCCUUGUCCUUGCGCAGUCAAUAAGAGAGACUCUUCAGGGUAAUUUCUGUACACAUAUUCUCCCUCUUUCGGACUCUCACCCUCUUCUUCUUCUUCUCGCAAACCCUAAUAGUUCUAUCGAGCCCGGUUAAGCAGUGGAAGUUGUAGAAGAACCUCCUUCCCUCUAGGGUUUACCAGAAAAAGGGCCCUCACUCUCACAGGAACUUGCUUGACUUGGCAGAUGAUUGAUGCUAUAUAUAGACCUUGGUAUCACUGUAGAGCCGCCAUGAGCGAAGCCUCUUCGUAUCCUCCUAUUGAGCCCAAUACAUUUGAUCUCAUCAUCAUUGGCACUGGCCUUCCUGGAUCCUUGAUCGCCGCUACCGCCUCUGCUGUUGGGAAAACCGUCCUCCACCUCGACCCCAACCCCUUCUAUGGAAGCCAUUUUGCCUCCCUUACCAUUCCCGAGCUAACCUCUUUUCUUAAUUCCCAUUCUACAGCUAGUCAACCCCAAUCCUCCACCACCACCACCAAUAGCAAUACCUCAGACUACACCAUACUCGAUCUCGCUUCCAGUCCUCUGUAUGCCGAUGUUGAGAUUUCCUCCUAUGCCCCCGAAACCCUAUCGGAACGUUCCAGAAGUUUCAAUAUUGACCUUGGCGGGCCUAGGGUGUUCUUCUGCGCGGACAAAGCCAUUGAUCUGAUAGUGAAAUCAGGUGCAGGCCAGUAUUUGGAGUUUAAGAGCAUUGACGCGAGCUUUGUGUGCGACGAGAAUGGUAGGCUAUGGAAUGUCCCAGACUCUCGGGCAGCAAUUUUUAAGGACAAAACCCUUGGUCUUACGGAGAAGAACCAGUUGAUGAGGUUCUUCAAGCUUGUUCAGCAACACUUGGAGGUUUCUGAUCAUGAUAAUGGCAAUGAAGGUACUCAGGAUUCAAGGAUCUCGGAGGAAGAUCUGGGGAGUCCUUUUGUUGAAUUCUUGAAGAAAAUGAGAUUGCCACCCAAGAUUCAAUCGAUUAUUCUGUAUGCAAUAGCCAUGGCAGAUUACGAUCAAAACAACUUAGAAGUUUGCAAAGAUGUGCUUAAGACAAAAGGUGGGAUAGAUCGUUUGGCUCUCUACAACAAAUCAGUUGGCAGGUUUCCGAAUGCAUCUGGGGCAUUGAUUUAUCCUAUUUACGGGCAUGGGGAAUUAUCUCAGGCCUUUUGCCGUCGCGCUGCUGUCAAAGGUUGCCUUUAUGUUCUGAGGAUGCCAGUGCUUUCAUUGCUUAUGGGCAAGGAAAGUGGGAGAUAUAAGGGUGUCAGAUUAGCUUCAGGUCAGGAUUUGUUCAGUGAUCAGCUUGUCCUGGAUCCAACCUUCACGGUCCCAUCUCCACCAGAUUCUCUCAGAAAAAGUGUUGAAGGUUUAAAUCUGAGAGAUGUUAAAGGGAAGGUGGCUAGGGGGAUCUGUGUCAUUGCAAGUUCCUUGAAACCAAACAUGUCUAAUUUUCUCGUUGUAUACCCUCCUCGUUCUUUAUACCCUGAGCAGAAUACGUCAAUCCGAGCUGUGCAGAUUGGUGGUGGCUUGGCAGUUUGUCCUUCAGGCAUGUUUGUAUUGUACUUUUCGGCAUUAUGCGAUGAUGCAGAACGGGGGAAAAACUUGCUACGAGCAGCUAUGAGUGCCCUUCUCAAGAUCCCAGAUUCAGAAAAUGCUGAAAGUAGUUCUGAAGUUCAGAAUGAAAAUGCAGAAGUAAAACCUACUUUGCUUUGGAGUGCCACCUUUAUUCAGGAGCUGAUUACGGGUGAAUUUGGAUAUAUCAGCUCCACUCCCAUGCCAGAUGGAAAUCUUCACUACAGUGAUCUAUUAGACGCAACCAUGAAGCUUUUCCACGAGAUGUAUCCGGAUGGGGAAUUCUUCCCCGAGACCGCCUCUCCUGAGGACGGAGAGGAUGAGGGUGAGCUUAGUCUAGAGAGCUAACGCUACUUUCAUGGACUCGUUGAGCAUAUCGUCUGCCCGUGGAUAUUCUAAGCAUGAGGUCUGAAGUGCAGCUGGUUUAGCACUGAAGCAAUCUACAAGCAUUCUCUUCUCCACAUCUCUCUUUUGAAUUGUAUAACAAAAAUGUACUUUGUUGGGGGACAAAAGAAACAAAGAAAAGGAAAUAACAUAUAUUUUCACCAUUUUGUUUUAGGGUGUGUUACAACAAGUUCUGCUCUCAAGAUUAUGUGUAAUCUUAUUGCUUUGGCUUGUAUGAAAAUUUCUGUGACUGAAGACGCAUCUUUAAAAAAUCAUUUGGAUUGAAAAUUAUAGAGCCUUUUUAGUUUGGUACUCUGUUCUUAUAUGCAGCUAUU